AAGUAUCUAAUAGGUUUGACUCAUAAGUAUUUUUAUUUGUAUUCAGCAUAACCUUUUAAUCCUUUGAUCUCUUUGGCGCCCCACUGAGGCCACCUGUGCACCUGGGGGUCCCAGGACCUUACUUUGAGUCCCAUCUGCGUGGGCGGGUUUAUGGUUUCAUAGUCUAAAUUUGUGACAGGCAGCAUGUGUGGUGUGUAAAACUAGUGUGUGUGCUGAAGAGUAGGUGGCUGGAUGGUCUGACGCCAAAUAUCGCGAGAGUUGGCUUUCAUUCUGUGGAAAGCGAAGACCGCCACAGUCCUGUCGUGCCCACCCGGUCUCAUCACCGGUCUGACGGACAGACAGAGAGGAGGCGCAGCGAGACCGAGCAGGCGACAAAGAGCUCCCCAAACCGGCACCAUGGAGCUCAUCUGCCGGUUGCAGCUGUCAAGCAGGAAGCGUGCCCUUCCGCAAUAGAUUGCUAUCAUGGAGCUGAGAUAACCUUUUCCUCUUUUUCGCACCAAUCAAGACUCUGGAUUGAGUAUAACUAUGGGAACAUGGCGUGGUCUGCGAGUGGCAUUCUUCCUGGGUUCUUUGUUUAUGAUCCUGCUGAUCAUUGUCUACUGGGACGACGUCGGGGGCUUCAACCUCUACCCGCUGCAGGAGCCCAAACACGAGUCACCACACCCUCGGACGACUGCUGGGGCCUCACACCAAACAACCACCAGCACAGCAAAAACCAGCUCUUCCUCCACUGUCUCCACUACUGCUCCCAGUACAACGCUGGUGCCUGAGGAGACAGGGGGAGCAGCUGAGGAGCAUAAAGAGGAUGAGGUGAAGGAAAAACAAGAAGAGACAAAGGAGGAAAUAAAGGAGGAUGAGGAGAAGGAGGCGAGUACUGCUGAUAGUGAGCAGGAGGCGAGGAAGCAGAGGGUCAUGGAUGUGUGUUCAGGAAAGGACGAUUUUGAAUUCCCAGGAAGGACUCGGCCGUUUGAGCAGAUCCCAAACAGAGAACUCGAUCACCUAAUAGUGGAUGACACUCACCAGAUUAUCUACUGCUAUGUUCCCAAGGUGGCGUGCACCAACUGGAAGAGAGUGAUGGUGGUUUUGUCUCAGUCUCUGAUCUCGCCCUCCUCAGGAAAACCGUACACUGACCCAGAGGCUGUGCCUCCUGACGUCGUGCACAACUCCUCUCUCCACCUCACCUUUGCCAAGUUUUGGCGCCAUUAUGGUUCUCUGUCCCGCCACCUGAUGGCGCUCAAGCUCCAGCACUACACAAAGUUUCUCUUUGUACGAGACCCUUUUGUUCGUCUCAUCUCGGCUUUCAGGAACAAGUUUGGAAGGCCCAAUGAGGACUUCUACAAGCAGUUUGGCUCGGUCAUGCUGCGUCGUCAUGGGAAUGUGUCAGUUGGUUUGCCAGAGACAGCGGCUGAGGCAUUUGCAGCGGGAAUCAAACCGACGUUUCAGCAGUUUAUCACAUAUCUGCUGGAUCCAGAGACUGAGAAGGAGAGCAUCUUCAAUGAACACUGGCGGCAGGUGUACCGUCUGUGCCAUCCCUGCCAAGUAAAAUACGACUUCAUUGGACGACUAGAAACCCUGGAAACAGAUGCGGAGCACCUGCUGAAGCUUCUGAAAGUGGAUCACCUGGUACAAUUCCCUUCAGGGGCUCGAAACCGAACUGCAGCCAGCUGGGAAAGAGACUGGUUUGCACAGAUUCCCAUAACAAUGAGGAGAGAACUGUACAAGCUGUACGAACCAGACUUUGAGCUGUUUGGCUAUCCCAAACCUGACAGCAUGCUCCACCAGUAGAGCCAAAGGCCUGGGCACUGCACUGUGUGGAGCCCACACCUCAACUACCUGCACACAGCCAGCAAAUGCCUUUAGAGACUAGUCUAUGAUGCUGUUUGUUUCAUUUGUUUUGUUCAUACCUCAAGCGACAGAAGUGCCUGCCAGUAUUAUUUUAUUUUGUCAUCAUUUCAUAUCUGAAGCACACCUGCUUACAAGCUGUGUUAUCCCAGUCUGUUUUCCCCAUGUAAAGGCACUUUGAACAGUAUUCUGGUAAGUUAUAGGGAAGGGACUGAAGGGAAAUAUGUUGCAGAGAAAUAAAGUGUUUUUGUA